AUGGCAAAUAGGAAAGACACGGCCGAAGAGAGCCCGCGCCCCGCCCCGGCUCCCGGCCCCGUCCCCCCGCCCGCCCCCGCCAGCCACAGGCCCCUCGUGGUCUCCUACAAGGACGUGUGGUGCCUUAAGGACCGGCCCAGCGAAUCCUUCGACGCCUGCGACCCAUGCCUCGCCGCGGGCGUCUGCCCCUCCGGGCACGGCGCCGGACCGUCCUGCAGCACCACCAGCUCUGGCGACAUCUGCGGCGCCGGCAGCGGCAGCAUUCCACGCUGCGAGGACAGCAGCGAGGCGUACAUGAAUUCCCCAUCAUGCCCCACUGCCCAGGCGUCCAUUCGGGGGGUGCUGGCGGGUGGCGGAAAGCGUUUAUCUGGGUCGGGCUUGGACAGGAAGGGGUCGGAUUCGGCGUCCGCGUGGUCGGGGGGAAAGUGUCGGUCGGGGGGAGGGAGCCGGGCGCCGGGCGCGGAGGAAGACUUCGAGUUCCGCGCGGCCGCGGGCGACGGCGACCCGUCCGGCGGCUGGCCGCACUGGCGGAGGAUGGCCGACUCGGUGCACUCCAUGGGCACCGAGGACGGCAAGUUUCAGGGCUCGGCCCACGGGUUCAAGUCCCUGCCGGAGAAGCAGAACAGUGCUGAGGACGCAGUUUUCCUGGAGAUAAAGUUCGAUUGGGAAGAUGAUCAGCAGGCUCCGGCCGUCACUUACGAGGAGCGCGUGGGCAAGAAGGGUGGGUCGGGGCGGGGACGCUGCAGGAAGGGGCUGCGGUUGCUGCGGUCGCUAGUGCGAUCUGAUGGGAAGAGCCAGAAGGCUGGCAGGCGUGCCAAAGGUCCCGAGAAGGACACUGUGCUGAGGUGCAUCGGCUGCCUUUGGGGCAGGUCGUCCUUUCUGACAGCGACGCCCCGGCUCAAGCCUAGCGGCCCCUCCAUCUCAACCGCACCCAAUUCAACCUUCUCGGCGCCCUGCGGCGGCUCCUUCUCACCCCUGACCACUUCCCCACUGCCGGACACACUGCCUGCCUCCCCGCGGUCCAUGCAAGCAGCGGCGCCCGACAGAAGCCCCGGCUUGUCGCAGGAGGUUUGGCCUGCGUGGCACGGUGUUGCUGGAACGGCGAGCGACGGCAGAGAUCACAGAUCAGAAAUCAGAGAGCAGGGCGCGCAGAGAUCAGAUUGCCAGAUCGCGCAGGUCGGUCCCGCCGCGCCCUUCCGGCGCAGCAGCGCCUCGCAGGAGGCGUCCAUCUCGCUGGACCUCUUCGGGGGAUGCAGGCUGGCGUCGGCAUCCUUCGAGGGGUGGGAGGCGGCAUUCACUCAGCCGUCGACGUCGAUGGGGGUUUCCCCGGCGUGGGCCGGCGGCCACGCGUGGCGCCCACCGGUGUUGAAGUCGGAUGAGCAGUACGAGGCGCGGCACGUGGAGGCGUGCGGCGGCGGUGGUGUCCGGUCCGCGAAUAGGGUCAGCGACGACUGGGCGGCCACACCGAGGCUCGCAAACGCCGCGUCGCCCUCCGCAAAAGUGUCCAUGGACGGCUCCGUGUGGGACGAGCGCACCAUCCCAGAAUUUGACCCAGUAAGACUCCAAAUGUGGGAGCCAGAGGAUGGCGGCAAGCGGAGUGUGUCUUUCUCCGACUUUGGUGGCUGCUUGAGGGCCACGUGA